AAAAAAAUCCAGAAGAGAUGGGAGAGAGAAGAAAGGAAAGAUAUGAUUUUAUAAGACCCCACAAGCAAGAAGCUCAUUUUAGUCCCCCCAAAAAAACUCUCCAAAUGAAGAGGUCUCCUUCUUCUUGUUCUUCCUCUGGUUCAUCUCUUGAGUUUCAUAAUCCAUCAUCUUCCCCACCUCCUCCUUCCCCUGCAACUUCUCCUCCUAUUGAUCAGCAACAAUCAAAGAUCAAACGCCCCAGAAGGAUUAACCAACAGAAACCAAGAUUCAGUAACUCUGGCAAAAGAAGCUCCAUUUACAGAGGAGUCACCAGGCAUAGAUGGACAGGAAGGUAUGAAGCUCAUCUCUGGGAUAAGGGUUCAUGGAAUCCCAUUCAAAACAAGAAAGGCCGACAAGUUUAUUUGGGAGCUUAUGAUGAUGAAGAAGCCGCAGCUCAUACUUACGAUCUUGCUGCUCUUAAGUAUUGGGGUGCUGAUACCAUUCUCAAUUUUCCGUUUCCUACCUAUGAUAAGGAAUAUGAAGCAAUGCAGAGUGUGUCUAAGGAAGAGUACUUGGCAAUGCUGAGGAGAAAAAGCAGUGGCUUUGCCAGAGGUGUUUCUAAAUAUCGUGGGGUUGCCAGGCACCAUCAUAAUGGAAGGUGGGAAGCAAGGAUCGGUCGUGUUUUUGGGAACAAGUAUCUCUACUUGGGCACUUACAGUACCCAAGAAGAAGCGGCUGAAGCAUAUGACCUUGCUGCCUUGGAGUACAGAGGCUUGAAUGCUGUGACCAAUUUUGAUGUUAGCCGCUACCUUAAACAUUUAAAACCACAUUUACAAAGGCAACUAUUACAACAGCAAUUUGUGCAUCUUCAGCAACUACAAAGGCAACAACAACACCAACAAAUCAUCACCACCACCCACCUCCCUGAAUCACAAGAAGAGGCCACUCCCCCACCUCAGAUUCCCAAGCUAGGAACACCUGAUUCCGGCAAUCCCGCUCAUCGUCAGAAUCAGAAUCAGAAUCAAUCAUUUAAUGUGAUAGACCCACCCAAAGAAGAACACCCAUGGAACCACCUCUGUAUCGAACCCGGGUUCAACCCAAACCCGCUUCCGGUUCCCGGGAUUGGCCUCGAUGAAAAACCCAGCGAAUUGCCCGAGUUGUUCAAUUAUUCGGGUUUCGAAGAGAGCAUAGAUUUCUUCUUUGAUGGGAGCAAAGAGAGUAGUGUGAGCUUGGAUGUGAUUUUUGAGAAUUCUGGUGGUUCAGAGAGAGGUUACAUGGUUAGUGAGGAGAAGAAGAAAGGAGGGGAGAAUGGUUUGAUGGGAGAAGGCUUGUCUUCUGCUUCAACAACCACCUCGGUUUCAUACCCAUUUCCUAUUACCAUCUGCACUUAACCUAUA